UCUCGCGUGUUGUGUGUCUCGAGACGCUGUUCGAUGGUUAAGAGGUAGCAGCUCGUUAAAAUGGUGUUGUUUGGAAGGACAGAAAAUGUUGAGCGUCGCGAGCUUUUGGCCAGCAUGGAACAGAUGGGUUUAGGUAAACCGAUAGACAACGCGGCCUUCCAGCACGUGCGGGACAACAUCGAGGAGCUCAACGGCCGCGUCGGUGCCAAUGACACCGACCUCAUCUUCCUCAAGGGUCUCAUGGACAGCCCCGUCAUGCGCUCCCUCGUCAAGGUUCAGGAUAGACUCGAGGAUCCUGAAACUCCUGCUCAGCCAGUGUCUACAAGUGGUUUAAAGCUUGCCACCGACGUAGCAAAGAACUGCGAAUCUUCAAGAAGCAGAGAUGCACAAGAACUGUCCAACAUACUGAAAAGCGCACACUUUAAGGCUCUUUUGGAAUCUCAUGAUACUGUAGCUGAAAAAAGUUUUGAAAAGCCUGAAGUGGAAUCUCAACCUCAAACUAUUGAAUUUCCAGCAAGUGAAAUGACAGCCGAUACAAUUCGUAUGGUUGGCCUCAGGAAAAGUCCAAAGGAACCCCUGGGUUUAACAGUCCAGGUGGAUGAGUCAGGGAAUUUAGUGAUUGCAAGGAUAUUAGCUGGUGGUAUGAUUGACAGACAAGGCCUACUCCAUGUUGGAGAUGUGAUAUUGGAAGUGAAUGGUGUCCCUGUUUCAACUCCUGAAGAACUCCAGCAUCAGAUUUCCCAGUCGGAUGAAUCAGUGACUCUGAAAAUAGGACCUGGUUUUGAAGAUAUCCAUUCUCAGCUGAAUAGUGGCCAGGUAAAAUCACAGAGGCUCAGGAAAGAUCCAGGAAACGGUGGAUAUUCAUUUGUGUGUUACAUGAGAGCAUUAUUCAACUAUUCUCCAGAUGAUGAUUCUCUUCUUCCUUGCAAAGAAAUUGGCCUUGCCUUCAAACAUGGAGAUAUUUUACAGGUACUAAAUCAGAAAGAUCCUAAUUGGUGGCAAGCAAAAUUAGUUGGUUCAAACGGCCCUGCUGGACUUAUACCAUCGCAGGAGUUGGAAGAAAGAAGAAAAGCAUUUGUCAAACCAGAAGCUGAUUAUGUCCACAAAAUUGGCAUUUGUGGUGCAAGGGUAUCCAAGAAGAAGAGGAAAACAAUGUAUCAAUCAAAAUCAAACUGUGAAUUUGACAAGGCAGAAUUGCUUUUAUAUGAGGAAGUUACACGUAUGCCACCUUUCAAAAGAAGAACAUUGGCAUUGAUUGGGUCACAAGGUGUUGGUCGUAGAACUCUCAAAAAUCGUUUGAUCAACAGUGAUCCUGAGAAAUUCGGUGGAGUUGUUCCACAUACUUCUCGUCCUCCUCGUGUUCUUGAAGAAAAUGGAAAAGGUUACUGGUUUAUUGACAGAGAGUCUAUGGAGGAGGACAUCAGGGAACAUAGAUUUUUGGAAUAUGGAGAGCACAAUGGUCACCUUUACGGCACAAAGUUGGAUUCUAUUAGAGAUGUCAUACGCCAGGGCAAGAUGUGUAUACUGGACUGCAGUCCAGCAGCACUGAAAAUAUUACAUAAUUCAUCAGAGUUCAUGCCAUAUGUCAUAUUCAUCGCCGCUCCGGGAAUGGAACAAUUGAAACACUUGUAUGGUAUGGGUCGGACAAUAGGUUCGUCAAAGAGUUUGACGUUUGAUCGGGCAAGUUCCAUUAGGUACAGUUCUCGAAGAGCAAGAACUUUAGAAUCGUUAGCUUCACUGUAUGAGGAAGAGGACCUGCGUCAGACUCUGGAGGAAAGUGCUCGUCUUCAAAGAACUUACGAGAAAUAUAUUGAUCUUACCAUUAUAAAUGAAGACUUUGAUGGUACAUUCCGAAAGGUUAUUGAAGCACUGGAAGUCCUGAGCACAGAACAUCAGUGGGUACCAGUAAACUGGGUGUACUGAAGUAUGAAGUAUCUGUAAUUUCAGAAUUUCUUGUUUUCGUCUGUUUUUAUUGCUCAUACAAACCAUUUUGAUUGUUAAUUUGAGCAAAGUGACACUUGACCUGUUUUAAAACAAGAAAACAUUUCGAGAAUGUUUGGUGCUUGUUAGUAACAGUGCUUGUGGACAAACAUCCAAAUGCCUGACAUUGUUCAGAAUGGUCUGAGAAUCUCAGUACCUUUAUAAGCAAGGUAAGUUAUUUGCAAGUGUAUUGUAGGGGACGGAAUAUGACAUGAAGUGUGUCUCUGGUUUCAUUCCCUUUUUAUUUUGUUCAUAUACUGCCACGUUAUUUUAAAUUGAAGAUAUAAUGUUUUUUUCUUCAUAUUAUUGUAUUACACUAGUGUCUAAUGUAAGUUUUGUUUUCUGUUAUUUGAUGUGUGCAUAAAUUUGUCAGAGUUAAAAGCUGUGGUUGUGUGCACCUUCUAAAAGAAAAUGGUCUUUCCAUGUCACUGACAUUUAACCUUUUAGUAACUCCUAAAAAAAUUAAAACUAUGUCCUGAGCCAGGAAUCCAGAUAUGUAAAGUUUGUUCAGUUGGUAGAAAUUUGCCUGUAAAAGGUGAAAAUAGAUCUAGUCCUGGUCUGGUACACAGUUUUAAUCUCUGUAGAUAGUAUCAUUACGGCACAUACUCCACUGCAGAGUGAAACAUUCUUUAACUGUAAUGUACUUACCUUGCAAUGAACAAUAAUGUUUACAGUUGUGUGUUUACAGUUGUGAUAUUAAAAUUGUUGUAAAAUUGUUCUUUUGUGAAAUUGCUCUUACAGCUUACUUUUUAACACUUCCUUGUUGACAAAAAGGUGUGUCUGAGUCUGACCCAUUCUUGACAUGAAAUUGUAGUGGCACAUGUAUAUCUUUUGAUUUCCAAUCACACAAGAUGUUCAUGCACAUUGUGUGACAUUUAAGUUGCACAUAAGCGAAUGUGUUCAUAUGAAAAUAAAAUUAUAAAGUAUUCAUUCAUAAGAUCUCUGACUAUGUAUUAUUAUAUGACAUGGCUUUCUGCUUGUUCACAUAUGUUUAUCACUUAUAAUGAGAGUUAAUAAUGUCAUAAAAGGGAUCAUUUUCCCACUAGUUUGUAUCAAAUUUGUGAUGUGAUACAUGCCAUCAAUUGAAACAUUCCAUCGCUGUGAUAUUCAUUUCUAGAUUUUUUGUAAGAUUAAAAUGAAGUUUUUUAAGAAAAGUAUAACUUAUAGUGUCUUUCAUCAUACUGUUGCUGCAUUUUAUUUUUAUGCACAAAAGAUGUUGCAGUGUUUUGUGUGUUGCUCAUCUACUGAUAUUGAAAAAAAUUAAUAAUUUUGUUUGUGUGAGUCAUUGUUUUCAGAUAUUUUUAUUUUAUGGAUUUGUAUAGUUUUUCAUUUAGAACACACACAUAAUCUAUUACUCAUCUACUUAGGUACAGUCUUUCGUUCCUUUUACCAAAAGAGAAGAGGAGUUGAGAAUAGUUUGCACAUUGCUACUUCUAUUUGUUGAAUAUGUAUUACUUGAAAACUGUUUGCGUCUGUAGAUGUAGAAACAGUAGAAACUAACCCGUCCAUGUGUUCAGGGAGAAAAAUAGUAUUGAAGGUAAUGUAUUUUAUGUGCUUCAUUGAAGUGAUGUUAAGCAGCUACAUGUACUGUUUUAAAAUUACAUUAAAAGACAUGUUUUAUGUAAAUUAUAGCAGAGCUGUAUACUGCAAAAACUGUUCUUAUAUAUAUUUAAAAUGUCAAAUAAAAGUACUUUACAUUUUUAA